CGGUGUCUAUUUCUGUCCUAAUUCCACUCCCUCCCUCCCUCACCAAAGUCCUGCCAUAAAUGACACCGAGGGAGUGACGGCGGUCUGGUUCGCCACACACCCGGAGUCUGCGAUGGAAGACAGGACGAUCCCCCACGCUUACCCCAUGAGUGUGGAGUACGAGGAGGACACCCCAACCACCCUCUACGACCAGAACUUCGGCGAGGGUUUGUCAUCAGAGGAUAUUUUAGCACCUACUUUGUACCAUGGUUACUACAUCAGACCCAGGAUCAAUAAACAACUGGGCCGAGGUUUUUCAGAGAUUGCAACAAAGGGCCAUAAAUUUCAGGUGCUCCUGGAUGUCUGUCAGUUCCUGCCCGAUGAGCUGUCCGUUCGUACAGUGGACAACCUGCUGGAGGUGUCUGGAAGUCACCCUCAGAAGCUGGACAGCCAUGGUUUUAUCUCCCGAGAAUUCAAACGCACUUACAUCCUCCCCCUUGAUGUGGACCCUCUGCUGGUUCAAACAACACUGUCCCAUGAUGGCAUUCUGUGCAUCGAGGCACAGAGGAAAGGAGGAGAGAUCCAGCCCAAAGUCAACAAUGUGAAAAUCAACAUGGAGUCUCCACCAGGGACAGAGGAGCCUGGGGUGGAGAAGCUGAGUCUCGAGGCAAAAAGAGCUCAUUGACCCUUGGUAAAUGGUCGGCACUGGUGUCAGGAUCUUUGUUGAUUCUACAUUUCAAGCCAUGUUAUUACAACAGAUUAACCUGCAAGUAAUUGGCAUCUUGUUCAAUAAUUUUGUUAACCAUUGAAACUAAAGUUAUGAAUAACUUUGAAAUUUGCUGUACGUUUGAAGCUGGAAUUGUAAGGAUGAAUGUAUCUGAACUAAAACUCUAGGAGUAGCUUGACAUUUAACUCCUCUCUCCUUUUCUUUUCCCUUCACCUCUUGUCUCUGGGUAAAGAUAGGUCAUGCUGG